AUGCCUUACGCAGGCGAAUCCCCACCGCCAGUCCCCAUCUCCAUUACGAUAUGCGGUGACGGCGGAUGCGGUAAAUCCUCCAUUACACUGCGCCUCGUCCGCUCGCAGUGGACAUCCGAAUAUGACCCCACCAUCGAAGACAGCUACAGCAUCACGCGGCAAAUCGACGGCGCCACCUAUCAUCUCUCGCUUACCGACACGGCCGGCCAGGAAGAAUACAGGGGCAUGUGGGCGUCCUCAAACCUUGGUGCGGACGCCUUUCUCCUCGUCUACGACAUCACCAGCCACGACAGCCUCGAAGCCCUAGGUUACUUCAACGACCUGAUAGACAUGGAAGCCGAGACCCGCCUCGACAACGCAAGUCGGGCCCAGCGCGCCGGCCUGUCCACCUCUGGCGCCGGCUCGGGCGCUCGCACGAUCCCGCCCGUCAAGAUAAUAGCAGGCAAUAAGUGUGAUUUGCAGGAAUCGCGGCAAGUGCCUGCGGCGCAGGGGCUGGACUGGGCGCGGAAAAGGGGCUGCGGGUUCAUGGAGACGAGCGCACGGCUCGAGGUCAACAUCGAGGAGACGUUUGCGCUCAUCGUGAAGAGAGUCGUCGAGGGCCGCCGGCUGGCCGAGAUGGGGGUUCUCGAUAAUACUGAGAUGGACCGUAGGGGGGUCACGAAGCCCCUAACUCCUUUAGGCAGUGAAGACCGAGACAGCGAUCCGGAGAAAAGGGGGGUGGGGACGAGGGGGCCGAGGCUGGAUGGGGAUAGAGUGGGGAAGAGGAUGGGGUUUUGGAGGAGUUUACGGUGUUGGUAA